AUGGUUCGUGUCAUUGAAACGAUCCCACCCACUCUUGAGUGUAAGUCAUUUGCGGACGAAGAUGGUGUUGAAACAUCAAUUUUCACUGUGGGUGAUGGUACAAUAGACAACACAUUUUUCAAAGCACAAGAUGUCUCAAAAAUGAUAUGUGUUUCGAGUGCAAGUAAAGUAGUCCAAGGCCUAGAAAGUGACGAGUACGUCAAAAUCAAAAUCAAGAACGUUGAGACGCUUUUUGUGACGACACUCGGACUUGUGAAAUUCAUUGUGUCAUCUAGACAGGCACGCAAAGGUCCAUAUUGUAGAUGGCUGCUUGAAGUAAUACUCGCCUUUGUGAUUCAGGACCACGUGCAGAUUACCGAGCAUUGUGCAAACUCCCUCGCAGCAGUACUACCCGACACAUUUUUGCUGGGAUAUCCAACCGGUAUCUACGUUCUUGAAAUCGGGACCGUUGGUAAACUGCGCGAUCAGUGCACCCAGCCGACAAAUGCAAACGAUUCGGAUAUAGUGCUCAAGUUUGGGAUGUCAAAGACCAAUAUUUUUCGUCGUCUGAAAGAACAUGACGGUUUAUUCAACAAACCAAAGCUCCAUAUUUUGUGUUGCAUGCACGUCGAACUUGCUGGUAAGGCGGAACGAGAUAUACGACAAUACCUCAAAAACAUACAGACAACUCUACCGUUUCACUACAAAAAUCAAACUGAACUGGUAUCUAUCAACCCUGAUGUGUUUGGUUCUGUGAUAGUUGAUCUGAAGGAUAUUUCACUAGACCGGGCAAAAGAAUCGGUGAAACACAAUUUAAGCCAUGAAAUUGAGCUCUUGAAACUCCGCAUAAACACGGCCGAAGAGCGCAAUGUGGAAUUCACCGACCGACUUGCCGAAACUCAACAGCAACUCGUUCAAACGCAAGCGCGUGCACAACUCGACAGGGUGCAACAGCAUACGUUGCUCGUUGAAGCGAAUGGGCGCGCCAAGGUCGCUGAAGACCAGCUGCGCGAGCUCCAAGGAAACUUCAUGAAGACGUGCGUUCCAGCACGUGUGCGGAAACGCCUCCGCGAGGAUGGAUCGACCUGA